UUCUUGUAAAAGUUAACUGAAGUUAGUUAUUAAAGUGCUGCCAGUAUUUAGGGACGUACUGAAGUGAAGAACAGCACAAGAUUCCUGCAGUACCUCUGAAAAUCUCAAGGAUAUCUUUAUCCAUAAAAUCUUGGUGUGGUUGCUUCUGAAGAACUUCCUGGAAGACAAAGCAGGUUUUUAAGUGCCUAAGCCAGAGAGAAGCACACACAAGUCGCAAUCCUUGCCUGGCAUUUCAGAAGAAAUGGUUGAACCUGUGGGCAAUCACUAUGUUGUAGCCAGACCUGUGUACUCAGAGAAUUCAUUCAAUGAGGAGCAUGAGAAAUUGCACAGAUACCAUAAAACCUUUUGGGACCACCUGAAACUCUAUUUCCGCUGCUCCCCACAAAGGGCCAAAAAAAUUGCUCUGCGCUUGUUUCCCGUCGUCUCAUGGCUGCCAGAGUACCGCUUCAGGGAGUGGAUCCUGAGUGACAUCGUCUCUGGCAUCAACACAGGGCUCGUGGCUGUGCUACAAGGUCUUGCCUUUGCUUUGCUGGUGAAUGUGCCCCCCGGUUAUGGACUCUAUGCAGCAUUUUUCCCUGUCUUGGUCUAUUUUAUCUUUGGCACAUCCAGACAUAUCUCAGUGGGUCCCUUCCCUGUCCUGAGCCUGAUGGUUGGAGGAGUCGUCACCAGGCUGGUCCCUGAUGACAGCAUUGGAAAUGGCAAUUCCACAAAUAUCUCAGCAAUAAAUGAAGAGAGGGUGAUGGUGGCUGCAUCUGUAACCUUUCUUUCUGGGAUUUUUCAGUUGCUCCUGGGAAUUUUCCAGUUUGGAUUCAUUGUUAUUUAUCUAUCACAAUCAUUAAUCAGUGGUUUCACGACUGCUGCAGCUAUCCAUGUUGUGGUAUCUCAGCUGAAGUUCAUGUUUCAGCUACCUGUCCCCGGAUUUAAUAAACCAUUUGGCAUCAUCUAUACUCUGGAGAGCAUUUUCAGCCAGAUUACAAAAACAAACAUUGCUGACCUUGUCACAUCCCUGCUUGUCUUGCUUAUCGUGUUCGUGGUGAAAGAAAUGAACGAUCGAUACAAAGAAAAGUUACCAACUCCCAUCCCGGUCGAACUCCUUGUGACAAUCUUAGCAGCACUGAUUUCCUAUUUUCUUAACUUUGAAGAAAAAUUUAAUGUAGCUGUUGUUGGAAAACUAGAGGAAGGGUUUCAGGCACCCGUUGCACCUGAUGUAGGCAUCCUCCAGAAGUGUAUUGGUGACGGCAUUUCCAUCGCAAUCGUUGCGUUUGCAGUAGCCUUCUCUGUGGCUAAAGUGUAUUCCAUCAAGCAUGACUACCCACUAGAUGGCAACCAGGAACUAAUUGCUUUUGGUCUGGGUAAUAUAGUUGGUGGAUCAUUCAAAGGAUUUGCCUCCAGCACUGCUCUGUCAAGAUCAGGUGUGCAGGAGAGCACAGGAGGCAAAACACAGAUUGCUGGUAUUAUCUCAUCUGUCAUCGUCUUGGUUGUGAUCUUGGCCAUUGGGUUUCUCCUGGCACCAUUACAGAAGUCAGUCCUUGCAUCUUUGGCCCUUGGCAACCUGAAAGGAAUGCUCCUGCAGUUCAAGGAAGUAGGCAUCCUGUGGAGGAAAGACAAGUUUGACUGUAUUAUAUGGGUGGUGACUUUCUUAUCUGCUGUCUUUCUUGGCCUGGAUAUUGGACUAGCAGCAGCUGUGGCAUUCCAGCUGCUGACAGUGGUCAUCCGCUCCCAGAUUCCAAGCUGCACUGUUUUGGCUAAUGUUGGGAGAAGUAACAUCUACAGAAACAGGAAGGAUUACACUGAUAUCUAUGAGCCAGAGGGAGUGAAGAUUUUCAGAUGCUCCUCUCCAAUCUUCUUUGCUAAUAUUGAAUUCUUCAGAGAGAAACUCAUCACUGCUGUUGGCUUCAACCCACUGAGAGUCCUGAGGAAACGCAAUAAAGCUCUGAGGAAGAUCAGGAAGAUGCUGAAGAAAGGAGAGCUGCAAGUGACGCCUAAAGGCUUGAUUUCCGUGGCUAACCAUACAUAUGAGUCAGACGAAGAAUUAGACAACAACAAAAUAGAGGAGCUGGACCAGCCCACCAACAUGGCAGACUUGCCCAUUCAGAUCAACUGGGACACUGACCUCCCCCCUGGCAUCACUGUGCCCCAGGUCAACAUUCACAGCAUCAUUCUGGAUUUCUCAUCAGUGUCCUUCCUCGAUUUUUCUGCCAUGACAGUCCUCAAAAAGACUUUGAAAGAGUUUGUCCGACUGGACAUCGACGUUUACAUUGCUGGGUCCCACGAGGGCCUCCUGGACAAACUGGAGAGAAGUGCAUUUUUUGAUGAGGAGAUUAAGCCAUCCAUGUUUUUCCUCACCAUUCAUGAUGCAGUCUUACACAUUUUGCUGAAGAAGGACACAGCCAACUCCUCAAAAUUAAAGCUCACAAAGGAGAACGGUAGAAGCAAUGACUAUGUCAUCAUCCCCAGGAAUGGACUGCGCAGCCGGGAAUGCUCGAUUCCAACAGAAACAAAAUUUUAGAUUUAAUUUUCUAAAUAUAAUAUCCUCCAAUGUCACAAUAUCACAGAAGAUGAACGCGGAGGCUGAGAUGAGCAUGAAGACAUGAAGGAUACUUUUAAAUACCUUAAGAAGGAUUUACUACAUGUGGUUAUGUUCCAAGUUUUGGAAUGGGCUUAUUAGUCUUUAUGUGUCUCUGUAUAUAUAUAAAUGUAUUUUUGUACAUAUAUGGAGGCUAAAAUCACAUAGAUUUUCUUAUUUCAUAGUUUGUAGACAACUUGUACAGUUACUAAAGAAUAUAUAAAUAUUUGAAAUCUUGUAUUUUAUAUCACA